AUGGUUAAUCAAAGCCGACCUAUUCGAAUUGCAGGUGCUUCGGGCUCUGCCUCAGACCGGCGUCAGGCCAUUGCGGAUUUUGCUCGUCACUAUCCCACUGACCCUAUCGAUGUCAUCAUUGCGGAUUUCAUGAGCGAGUUCAACAUGGCCACCUCCGCCGGGCGGCGCGUGGACCAGCAGACGGGCGGAACAGCUCCCGCUUAUGAACUAUCCUUCUUGGAGGCUCUGGAGCCGGCUCUCGAUGAUUUGGCCAAGUAUGGAAUUAAGCUUGCGGUGAACGCCGGCGUGACAGAUACAGAGGGUCUUUAUAAAGUGGUGACCCAAAUGGUGCAAGCAAAGAAACUCAAUUUGAAGAUUGCAUGGGUUUCCGGAGACGAAGUCCUCUCGACCAUUCAGAAAGGAGUGGCAUCUGGUACGGAAUUCCGCAAUGUCUACUCAGGCGAGCGAUUGGCAGAUUGGUCUUUCGAGCCCAUCUAUGCUCAGUGCUACCUCGGCGGUCUUGGAAUCGCGGCUGCAUUUGCCGAAGGGGCUGAUAUUGUGCUUUGUGGCCGGGUAUCGGACGCUUCGCCUGUGAUUGGGGCUGCUUACUGGUAUCAUGGUUGGCAGCGCGAUGAGCUUGACAAGCUGGCCAAUGCGUUUGUGGCGGGUCAUCUCAUCGAGUGCAGUAAUUAUGUCUGCGGCGGCAACUUCACAGGCUUCAAGGAGCUGGAACACGCAGGUGAUGGCUGGUCGAACAUCGGCUAUCCUAUCGCUGAAAUAUCUGCUGAUGGUGAUGUGGUGAUCACCAAGCAGGCGCAUUCCACCAGUGGUGCAGUCACCGUUGAUACUUGCACAUCGCAACUGUUGUAUGAGAUUCAAGGACCCUGGUAUUAUAACUCAGACGUCACUGCGGUCCUCGACGGGAUCCAUUUCUCUCAGCAAGGUAACAACCGUGUGGCAGUCCACGGGGUUAAAUCAAGCCCCCCUCCACCCACCACGAAGGUUGGAAUCACCGCUCGGGGCGGGUUCCAGGCCGAGGCAUGGUGGUUCUUGACCGGUCUCGACAUCGAGGCCAAGGCGCGCAUGAUGGAAGCUCAAAUUCGUCGGUCGCUAGCUCCCUUCUCCGACCGAUACACAUCUCUCAAUUUCGAUCUGUUGGGCUCAUCGCUCUCCGACCCGCAUGAUCAAAAUCGAGCCACUGUUCCACUGCGUAUAGUCGUGCAGGCUCGACGAGAGGAGGACCUUGCACCCACGCGCUUCCUCAAGCCAAUCACCGAUAACAUCAUGCAGGGGUACCCCGGUGCCACCUGUCAUUUGGAUAUCCGUCAAGGAUUCCCGCGUGCGUUGUUCGAGUACUAUGUCAGCUUGCUGCCGCAGUCUGCAGUGAAACACCGUAUCCACUUGCCCUGGAAGCCCACGGCGACGCAGAUAGUGGAUAUCCCACCGCCACCACAGACCAAGACGUACCCACCACGACAGCCCUCACAACCCUCCACUCACAUCGAUGGGUCUCUUGAUCUGGCUCGCGACUUUGGUCCGACGACCCGCGGCCCACUAGGCUGGAUCGUCCAUGCUCGGUCUGGAGACAAGGGCGCUGAUGCCAACUGCGGGUUCUGGGUACGCCAUCGGGAUGAAUAUCAGUGGCUUCGGGCACUGCUCUCUGUUGACACGGCGCAGGAGUUGCUGGGCGAUACCGGGCGCAACAACCCGCAACUAGCCGUUGAACGCUUUGAACUACCCAGCUUGCAUGGAGUGCAUUUCCUCUUCCGUAAUCUAUUGGACCGUGGAGUGGGCGUUACCACCACGGUGGACUUCUUAGGGAAGAAUGUGGCGGAAUAUCUGCGGGCGCGGCACGUCGAUCUUCCGGUGCGGUUCUUGAACCGCGGAAAGCUGUAG